AUGACUGCCCAAACCAUUGGAAUCGCCGUGAUCGCGGUAGUAUACUUGAUUAUCCGCUACUUCAACCGCACCGAUGUGCCAAAGAUCAAGGGCCUCCCAGAGGUGCCGGGCGUGCCCAUCUUCGGCAACCUGUUACAACUAGGAGAUCAGCAUGCCACCGUGGCGGGGAAAUGGGCCAAAAAGUUCGGCCCUGUCUUUCAAGUGCGCAUGGGCAAUAAGCGGAUUGUCUUUGCCAACAGCUUUGAAUCAGUGCGCCAGCUCUGGAUUAAGGACUCGUCUGCGUUGAUCUCUCGUCCAACAUUCCAUACAUUCCACAGCGUGGUUUCCAGCUCCCAGGGAUUCACUAUUGGAACAUCGCCCUGGGAUGAUUCCUGCAAGCAGCGCCGAAAGGCCGCUGCCACGGCUCUCAAUCGACCGGCCGUGCAGUCCUACAUGCCCAUCAUUGAUCUCGAGUCAAAUUCCAGUAUCAAGGAACUGUACCGUGACAGCCAGAAUGGCAAGCUGGACGUGAACCCAACGACCUAUUUCCAGCGAUUUGCCCUCAACACCAGUCUGACCCUCAACUACGGAUUCCGAAUCGCGGGCAAUGUGGACGAUCAAUUGCUACACGAGAUUGUGGACGUGGAGCGAGGAGUGUCCAACUUCCGCAGCACCUCGAACAACUGGCAAGACUAUAUUCCUCUGCUGCGAAUCUUCCCCAAGAUGAACAAUGAGGCGGAGGAUUUCCGUGGUCGUCGGGACAAGUAUCUCACCUAUCUCCUUGACAUGCUCAAGGAUCGAAUCGCCAAGGGGACCGACAAGCCUUGUAUCACUGGAAACAUUCUCAAAGACCCCGAGGCCAAGUUGAACGACGCCGAGGUGAAAUCCAUUUGUCUGACCAUGGUUUCGGCUGGUCUCGAUACCGUUCCAGGAAACUUGAUCAUGGGUAUUGCCUAUUUGGCUUCGGAAGACGGUCAGCGCAUCCAGAAAAAGGCCUACGAUGAGAUCAUGUCGGUGUAUCCCGAUGGUGAUGCCUGGGAGAAGUGUUUGGUGGAAGAGAAGGUGCCAUAUGUGACUGCCCUGGUCAAGGAGAUCCUUCGGUUCUGGACGGUGAUUCCCAUCUGUUUGCCCCGGGAGAGUACCAAGGAUAUUCAGUGGAAUGGAGCCACAAUUCCUGCCGGCACAACUUUCUUCAUGAACGCCUGGGCGGCCGACUACGAUGAAGACCACUUCAAAGAUGCCGACAAGUUCAUCCCUGAGCGGUACUUGAGUCUCAACGAAGGCUCGGGCACUCCUCAUUACGGUUACGGAGCGGGUUCUCGCAUGUGUGCGGGUUCCCACCUUGCCAACCGGGAAUUGUUCACGGCAUUCAUCCGCCUGAUCACUGCCUUCCAUAUGCACACUGCGAAGGAACCUGCUGACCGACCUAUCCUCAAUGCUAUUGAUUGCAACGCUAUUGCUACAGCAUUGACGACCGAGCCCAAGCCCUUCAAGGUUGGCUUCACCGCGCGUGAUCCCAACAAGCUUGAGCAGUGGAUUGCCGAGAGUGAUGAGCGUACAAAGGAUCUUUGA